AUGGCGACCAUCCAAGAGCAGACCGCUGACACGUCUUCGCCGUCCUCUCAACCGAAUAAUCCUCUAUCUAGAAAACUGAAUAAAAUUCUAGACACAAGGCUUGAUAAUGAUAAGGAAAUGCUGGAAGCCCUCAAAGCUCUGUCUAGUUUCUUCAGUGAAAACACCUUGAGGAACAGAAGAAACCUGAGAGGAGAUGUUGAGAGGAGGAGUUUGGCCAUCAAUGAGGAUUUCAUUCAGGCUUUCCAGCAAGUUAAAGAGCAACUUGACUCUGUCUAUGAAGAUGUGAAAGGAAUGAGUGAGUGCUGUCAGGACAUGACCACUAGAUUAAAGGCAGCAAAGGAGCAGACCCAUGAUUUGAUCAACCAGACAACUCAGUUGCAAACAGAAAGCCAGAGGCUACAGAUGAGAGCACAGGUGGCAGAUGCUUUUCUGGCCAAAUUUCAGCUGAAACCAGAAGAGGUGAAAAUUCUUAGAGGAACACGGGAUGGUGCCCUGCAUCCAGACUUCUUCAAAGCUUUGGCCCGUGUAAAACAGAUCCACACAGACUGCAAGGUGUUGCUCAGAACAAAUCAACAGACAGCAGGGUUGGAGAUAAUGGAAUCAAUGGCACUACAUCAGGAGUCAGCAUACGAGAGACUGUACAGGUGGACUCAGAAUGAAUGCAGGGCUCUGAGCAAUGAGUCUCCAGAUAUCAGUUCUCAGCUCUGUUUGGGUUUAGAGGCAUUACAGGACAGACCAGUGCUCUUCAGGUAUUCUCUGGAUGAGUUUGGUACAGCCAGAAGGACAGCCAUUGUGCGAGGGUUCAUUGAUGCUUUAACAAGAGGAGGUCCAGGAGGAACACCAAGACCAAUUGAAUUACAUUCACAUGAUCCUUUGCGGUACGUGGGUGACAUGUUGGCAUGGUUACACCAGGCGACAGCAUCAGAAAAAGAACAUCUACAGACUCUACUGAAGAAGUGCAAUAAUUGUUGGAAGAUCCUUUACGGCCCAAUGUACAGGAAAAAGACUGGUAUAUAUAGUGGUCUGUAUGGAUAUGAACUGAUAGAGGAGGCUGUCAUGAAAGCUGAUGAAGCUAAUGAGGGGACAAUUCAAGACAUUUUAGGGCAUAUUACCGAGGGUGUUUGCAGACCCUUUAAGGUGAGAGUGGAGCAGGUAGUGGUGGCAGAGCCAGGGCCUGUCCUGUUGUAUAAACUCACCAAUCUACUCAAGUUCUAUGAACACACGAUAGGUCAGCUGCUGUCUAAAGACGCCUCUCUCCUGGGCACCCUGGACGAAGCUCAUGUCUUGAGCUCUAAGAUGUUCUUUAACAGUCUGAACAUACAUGCAGCAAGGCUGCUGGAUAAGGUUGAGCUUCCUCCUGCUGAGCUGGGACCCACUGGACCUCUGAACCAAACGCUACAGCUGCUGAAAGAUGUGUUGUCUUCCCAUGAUUCCUCAGUGGUGUCAAUAGAUGACAGGCAGAAGGAUUUCUCUAAGAUCAUGUCCAGUGUGAUUGACCCCUUGAUCCAGAUGUGCUCCCUCUCGGCCAGUAAACUGACCACGGUGGACAUGGCCACCUACAUGAUUAAUUGUCUGUACACCAUGCAGAGUGCCCUGGCCCUGUUUGAGUACACUGACCAGAGACUGGAGAUGUUACAGGCACAGAUUGAUGCCCAUAUAGACACACUGAUCAGUGAACAGGCAUCUCACAUCCUGCACAGAGUUGGACUGGCAAGCACAUAUGGUAUAGUACAGCAACAUCAGCCAAAACAGGGUCCAUUGUCAUCUAUCCCUGGAAUGGAGCCAGGGACACUUAAGGGAGCUAUAGCCAAGUUUGACAGUUUCUUGUCCACUCCUGAUGGUUACAUAUUACAACAGUGUAGCUUACUUCAGAGUACCACUGUAAGAGAAACAACAAGGAAACGUUCUAUGGAGCUGAUUGUGUCAGCGUAUGAGGAGCUGUACACUGCUAUCACCGCCCCUCAGAAUGGGUACAAAGACCCUCAAAAUCUCAUGCCUCGGACUCCUGAACAAGUAAAACAUUUGCUGAUAUAGAGAACUCUGUUAUGUGUUUGGUUCAGACAUAUUGAUGAUUUAUUUUUUCAUAUUUAUUGAAUGUUUUUUUCCUUUGGUUGGGGUGGGGGGAGGGUACAAUUGAUGGAAUAGAUGUUGAUUCAAUUUCUGGUUUAAGAUCCACAGUUUCAGACAAGAAGGACUACCAGAUUACAUUGUUUUUUGUCCCAAGUGGUGCAUUUUAUGUCAAAAUGUGUACAAGGAAGAGGAACCAAGGAUUGCAUGUCUAAUUUCUUAAUAGGUCUGAUGAGGACCAAUGCCUAAAAACUCAGAAGAUCUAAAGGACCUCAGAAACUGGGACUUGGGUUGUAAUACCUUUAAUUUGUAUUUAUAAUUCUUUAAUGGAAUUUUCAUUUCAUUAUGCAGUUAAAAAAUUUAAUGAAAAUUGUUUAUA